AUGAUCAUUUUAUCUCUAAACAUUAGAGGAGGAGGUAAGAGGGUGAAGAGGAAGAGAAUUGGUUUUAAUAUUCAGAGAGGUAGGGUGGAUGUAGCUUUUAUUCAAGAAACCAAGUUGAGGAAUGUCCAUCAUCAAUAUGUUAAGGAGUUGUGGGGUGAUGAGUGGGUGGAGUGGUCUCACUUAGAGGCCGAAGGGUCGGCGGGAGGUAUUCUUAUUAUGUGGAAGAAAGAUUUGUUCAAUCUCAUUUACAGUUUUCGUGGAGAUGGUUAUUUAGGUGUGUGUGUGGAAAAGGAUAACAAAAGAAUAUAUUUCAUCAACAUCUAUGCUUCUUGUGAUCAUAAGGUCAGAAUGAACUCAUGGAGGAAGCUUGUGGAUUUGAAGAGGAGGAGUGUUGUUGGCUCAUGGUGUUUAGGAGGGGACUUCAAUAUGGUUACAUCUCCGGAGGAGAGAAUAGGCAUUUCGAAGAAGAAUUAUAAAAGGGAGAUGGACGACUUUAAAGAUUUCAUUAAAGAGAUGGAGUUGGUGGAUCCACCCACGAUUGGAGGGAAGUUUACUUGGUCUAAUAAGUAUGGUUGCGCGAUGAGUAGAUUGGAUAGAUUCUUGUUGACCCCUUCCUUCAUUGAUGAUUAG